ACGUAGAAAUGAUAUUAAGUGAAUUAUUUAAAUUACCUACCAACGGUGAGGUCAGUUUGUGAACACAUUAUCAGUGAUAUAAGAGAGCGGUCGUGACCGGGAGCAACAUUAAAUCUCUUCAUCAUACAGUGACAAGAUGAUCGUCAUUCUUAUACCAUUCUUUUUGGUUGCUCAAAUACCAGUCGAGGAAAAUGCCUGGAAAUUUGGUCCCGAAUAUACAUUUCAAUUGACAGCAAAUUUAACAGCUAAUUCUGAAAAUUAUAUUCGAUUAUCGUCAAAUACAACGGCAUUACUUCGUUGUCGACCUAAAAAUUCCGAAGCCUUAAGCUGCCAUCUUCAAAUUCCAGAAACUUGUAAAAGCUCUUAUGACAAAGCAUCAGAAAUCAAUACAACGAAUGUUAUUAAAUGCAUUCCAUUGAAUUUCAAUUAUUUUGAAAUAAAAUUUAAUAAAUCAGGUAUUGAUAAUUUAAUUGUUGAAAAAAAUAUAUCAAAUUGGAAUUUAAAUAUUAUCAAGGCAUUUAUUAAUCAAUUAAAUAUUGGCGCAAAUCUCAAUGAAAAACAAAAUCAAUCGAAUUUCGAUGAUAAAGAAAAUUCAACAAUUGGUGAAUGUAAAGUUAAUUUUAAAAUUAAUCACAUUCCAAGAGAGCAAAAUAUCCGUAAAGAUAAUCCAUUUAUAUUGGAUGUUUUACCAUUGCCGGAUAAAGUAUCAAAAGGUAAUAUUGAAAUUGAAAAAAUACGAAAUUUAAAGGAAUGCACAAAUUUUGUUAAUUAUUUGUGGGCAAAUUUUGGUGAUGAAAAGGAAAAUACAACUGAAGUUGGAUUAAAUACACAACUCGAUUCAGUGACAGCACGAAUGAAUAUAACCGAUACUAGUUUUUCAUCAUGCACACAUACUGAAGCGACAAAAAGUUUUGAAUCCGAUAAUAAGAAAUUUAAAAUUACGGAAAAAAUAAUUCUUACCCUUAAAACUAUUGAAGCUGCUAAGGAUAAGUUGCCUGUUAUUCCAAAUCCUGGAACGACGCCAAUUUUCAUUAAAAUGAACGUUCAAGAACUCAAAGUAUAAAGUCUGAAAAAAAUAAUAUAGUAAUAAAUUAAAAACAAAAAAAAAAAAUAAAGUAAAAAAAGUUUCGUAAACUUUCAAAAAUUUUGAUUUCAUUUUUAAAAAAAAAAUAUUUUUCUUAUACAUUAGUUAGAAAAUAAGUCAUCGAAAAAUUUUAGUUUUAUUUUUUUCUAAAAAAUUUAUCUACUCGCUAAUGUUUUUUUUUUAUAUAAGUUUAACUUGUAAUGUUUCUAGGUUUAUCCUGGAUACAAAUAAAAACCAUAUAAAAAAAUA